GUUUUACACAUGCAGGAGCUUGGGUUUUCAUCUGAUUGUGUGACGUGUCUGUUUGUGAUUUGAUUUGAAGACAAAAARGCCGGAACAGAUCUAAACGCUGCCUUCUUAAAAUUUGAGGAAGAUUUGGCUUAUAUAAGGUAUCGAGUCAAACCCGAGGGUUUUAAGGAACACCGCCACGUCCUGAUCAUGUUUACAGAUGGUGCUUACAACAUGGGCGGCUCUCCUAGACCCACUGUGGAGAGAAUAAAGAACAUGGUCUACAUGAAUGACAUGGCCAAUGUUGGCUCCAGAGAUGAAUAUCUUGAUAUUUACAUUUUUGCCAUCGGGGCUGACCUUUUCGAUGAUGACCUGCAGCCUCUAACGGUGGGAACCGGUGGUUCUCAUUACUUCAGGCUAAAYGAUAAAGACUUACGAGAGGCCUUUGAUACAAUAAUUGGUCCAACCACUUCUAGUCCCCAGGCUCCUCCCCCUGUUAGUGCCACUCCCACCUCGAGCCAGGCUCCUCCCCCUGAGUGCCACUCCCACCUCCAGCCAGGCUCCUCCCCCUGAGUGCCACUCCCACCUCCAGCCAGGCUCCUCCCCCCAGAGAAGAUGAGCCAUUCAAGUACACAAGCAUGACUGACACUGAGUCUCUGAUUGGCUGUUUCUGACCAGGAGUGGUUUAUUUCUGCAAAUGGCAGCAGGACCACUGGGAGGAGCCAGACCGCUUCUAAAAAGACACGCAUGCGCAAAGCGGUCGCUGCUUCCACCCUGGCUUUCCCAGCAAGAUGUCAUUUUUACUGUAAUGCUAUUUUCACUGACACUGUCACAUUACAAUAAAUCUCUGGACCCGG